AAAAGAAAAAAAAAAGAAGAAAAAUCCCCCAAAUUCGCCUAACUCCGAAUCGAAACCUCUCUUCCCCCUUUCGCCUCCGCGACGCAUAUGCCUCCGCCUCCGCCUCGUCGCGGCGCCCCCAAACCCUAGCCCGGCGCGGCGAGUCCCCCAUCGGCGGCGGGAGCGGCGGGAGUAGGCGGGAAGGCGGGAUCUCCUCCGUCCCACAUGGCGGCGGCGGCGGCGGUUGCGGGGGCGGGCGGGGUGGGGCACGUGGUGGAGAGGUUCAGGGCGAGGCUGCGGGAGGAGCAGGAGGAGGAGGAGGGGGGAGGCGGGGAGGUGGCGGCGGCGGCGGUGGUGCGGGUGUACGUGGAGGUGCUCUCGGAGCUCACGUUCAACUGCAAGCCCAUCAUCACCGAGCUCACCAUCAUCGCCGGGCAGCACGCGGCCCUCGCCGCGAGGGGGAUCGCCGACGCCAUCUGCGCCCGCAUCGCGGAGGUGUCUGCCGACCAGAAAUUACCAUCUUUGUAUCUGCUAGACAGUAUUGUGAAGAACAUAGGACGAGAAUAUGUAGGGCAUUUUGCCGCUAGGUUGCAGAAGGUAUUUUGUGAUGCCUAUAGGAAAGUUCACCGCAAUCAGCAUGCUGCAAUGCGACACCUCUUUGGUACCUGGUCACAAGUGUUCCCUUCCUCUGUGCUACGCGGAAUUGAGGAUGAGCUUCAGUUUUCCCCCUUAGAGAAUAAGCGCUCUGCCACAGCGACUGAUAUCCGACAGUCAGAGUCGAUAUCUCCUAGACUGUCUCAUGCCAUUCAUGUAAAUCCAAAAUAUUUAGAAGCACAACAACAAUUUAAGCAGUCAACUUCGGUGCAUCAACCAAUAACUCGUGGAAAUCGGCAAAUGAAUGAUGUGGAAGAGGAUCAAAUAAAUGGUUUAACAUCUAAAAGUUCGCGAGGAUGGCCUGCAACUAAUUCAAAGCUCCAGAAGUCUACUAUGCUGUAUGCUGACGAUCUUGAUCAACAAGAGGCAUUUUGUUCACAUACUGGGUUGAUAAGGCCAAGUUCGCCACAUCUUUUAAGCAAACAUCCUUCCAUACUCAAUACAGAAGGACCAUUAGCCAAUUCAAGAAGAACCAUGUCAAGAUCACCACCUCUUGAUGUGCUCCCUAGAAAUGCAUCCCCCAAGAGAGCUCUGGAGAGGCCACCACUAUCGCAUUCUGUUCUAGGACCUGACCCCAGAAGAUUGCCUGAUCGAAAUGGUUGGUUUGAACGGAAGUGGGCUUUUGAGGAUGGUGCACAACGGCCUUCGAUGAGCAUACUUGAUGAAGAAUAUAGAAAGCAAAGUGCAAGGGAACUUAUUGAUGCUUAUGGAAAUUCUCAAGGAAAAGAUGUCGAUGAAAGGCUUCCCAAGAUGCAACGUCUAGAUUCAAAUGGCAUGGCAGGCAGACCUAGUGCACAAAAAUGGCUAACUUCGGAGGAAGAAGAGUAUACUUGGGAAGAUAUGAGUCCUACUUUAACUGAUCGAAACAGAACCAGCGUGCCCUCUUUACCUCCCCUUGGAACCCUGAGAGCUGGAUUUCUUGGGCCAAACAGUGGACUACUGGAAUCUGAUAUUGUGAGGCACAGUUGGCCAGGCCAGGCUCCUCGACCAGCAAUUGAUGGGCCACCACUAAAUCUCGAAGAUAGAAUUCCUACUAACGGGCCCGUUGACAGAACUAAUAACAGGAGAUAUCCAGGCAAUUUUGGUGUUCAGAAUGGUGCCUUUUUAGAUUACCAGAGUUCUGAACAUACUCUUGAUCCUGGGAGAACUACCAUGCCAGUUCCACCUUGGCAGCAGACUAUUGGUCAGCCGUUGCGGGUACAAGCGCCCCAGCCUGCAUCAAUUCUGAAUAGAAUGCCACUGCCUACUGAUAGUGAAGUGCCAGUCAAGAGGUUGGCCACUGGUGGUACAUAUGAUGCGCUGAAUGUAGAUAUUCCAUUGUUGGAGAAGCAAAGGUCCUCACCUGCUCAUGCUCCAAUGGAAUGGCCUCUUAAUACACAGUCACUAACUAUACAACCAAUUCCACCUGAUACCAAACAUCCUAGAGGCGCAUCAGAUGGUCUAGAUUCUAGACCAUUUAUUAGCCAAGGGUCCAGUUCGUCUGUUUUUGUUCCACAGCAUCAUGCCUUGGAUCGGAGAACAAUGAAUGCUGAUGAUUUAGCUCAACCAUCAUAUCAGCAUCCAGAUUUGUUGUCAUUGAGUCAACAAAAUCAGGGCACAGUUUUGGGAAACCAAGGUCAACCUCAUCACCCGCCGCAAUUUCAUCCCCAUCCUCAUUCUCACCUUCAAGAGACAAUUAGAAGCUUUGCCCCCAGUAUGUCUGUUGCACCUCCACAAAAUAUAUUCCAUGGACAAGGAGGUAGCGCAGCUGCACUCCUGCCAAGUUCUUUCCCUGUACCACCUGCAGUACCACCCUAUGGCUUGCAGUCUAUGCCUGGAUUUCCUUUGCCAUCGUUACCUUCAGGACCACCUCCUCCAUCGCAGAUAGGUCCAUCAUCAUCGCAAGUUGGGGGCCCUCCACUUGUCUCUGGAUUGUUAAGUAACCUUAUGCAGCAUGGUAUAAUCUCAUUGCAACCACCCAGCCAACCUCAGGAUUCUGUGGGUGUUGACUUCAAUGUUGACCUCAAGGUACGGAACGAGUCUGUCAUUAAUGCUCUGUAUCAGGAUCUUCCGAGGCAAUGCAAAACUUGUGGCCUUCGUUUUAAAUGCCAAGAAGAACAUCGUGCUCACAUGGAUUGGCAUGUUACGAAAAACAGAAAUUCAAAGAAUCGUAAGCAAACUUCACGUAAAUAUUUUGUCACUGUGGGUGAAUGGUUAAGAGCAGCAGAAACAGUAGGAAACGAUGGUGUUCCUUCUUUUGAGCCUGCCGAACCAGUUGCAGACGCAAAGGAAGAGAAAGAAUUGGCUGUUCCUGCUGAUGAGGACCAAACAACAUGUGCUUUAUGUCAAGAGCCAUUUGAAGAUUUCUACAGUGAUGAAACUGAAGAGUGGAUGUACAAAGGUGCAGUUUAUAUGAAUGCACCAGAUGGAAAUAUUGGUGGUCUAGAAAGGUCGCAGUUGGGACCUAUUGUCCAUGCUAAAUGUCUAUCUGGGCCAAACAAUACUUAGGCCGGCCUAGCUGCUGGUACUCUUGCCUCAUUUGUUUCGUGGCUGGGGCUGUAGACAAGACAUGUAAACUACUGGAGAGAGCAGAUUUUGGUAUGCUUAGUAUUUAAUCCUCAAUUGACAACCAUGGGUUUGCAUAGAAUGUUCAUGUGAUGAUAGUGUACAACUGUAAAAUGCCUUUUGUAAUAUAGUGAUUGAGCAUGAGCAUUUUUGCUCGACAGUCACUAUGGUGCAUGUUCAAUCGUUUGGUCCCACCAUCUCACAUGCAGUGUGCUGCUUUUCCAUUAUUAUAGUAUAUUUUGAAAUCCCCAUGUCUACUAGGUGAUAGGCAGCCCUAGUUCAGAACGGUGCAAUCACUCCACUGAACUUGCGAAACAAUAUCUUUCUUUCUUGUUUCCCUUCUUUCCUUUUGUGCAGGACAAUAUCAGUCGGCUACCUGGCUGGUAACUUCCAAAAUCGAAAGGACAUGUAAGGCGAUCAAGGAUGGAAGCAAAAUCAUCAGCUUAAUUUCCAGAAAAUGAAGGAGAUGCUCUCUUCUUGAAUUUUUCCCCCUUUUUUCAUACUCUUUUGUAUGGCAUGGCGUUCUGGUAUUAACACAACAGUUCAUUUUGGUCGCAUGUAUGACUCAUCUUGCUGAUAUGUUUGCACAUGUCAAGUUCAGACUAGAUUGUUUUUAAGUAUGCUGUUUAAAUUGAUCUC